UGGAAAUUGCGUCGAACCUUUUCUUAACCCAAUCACACUUUUCUUAACCCAAUCAUACUGAAAUGGUGGACAUAUUUCUCUUGUUUUGCACGGAAAAAUUAUGGACUUUUACUGAAACUAAUCGUUUGGUGUAUUUGUGAAGGCAGAGAGGGAACACAAACUAAACGAAAAUGGGGUUUCUAUUGACAUUUUCAGAGCUUUUGGUAGCCCUUAUCACUGUUUUAUUCUCUGCAAUCUUCUAUGAAGCCUACAAACGACGACACAACAACAGGCAUGUUGAUGCUCCUGCUAUCUUUGAGGAUCCGAAUUCGUUGAAACAGGUCCCUUGCCCCCAUAUCCAUGAUCCAGCAGAGAAGUAUAUAUCUUUGAUCAUGCCUGCAUUUAAUGAAGAGCAUAGGCUUCCUGGAGCACUUGAUGAAACCAUGAAUUAUCUUCAACAACGUGCGGCAAAGGAUAAGUCAUUUACUUAUGAGGUGGUGAUUGUGGACGAUGGAAGUGCUGAUGCAACAAAUAGAGUAGCUUUUGGCUUUGUGAAAAAAUACACAGUGGAUAAUGUAAGGGUUAUCCUUCUUGGGAAAAAUCAUGGCAAGGGAGAAGCGAUUCGAAAAGGCAUGCUUCAUUCACGUGGUCAACUACUUCUAAUGCUGGAUGCUGAUGGGGCGACAAAGGUUAAUGACCUAGAGAAACUUGAAGAUCAGAUUCAUGCAGCUGCCAAGGAGUUUAACUUAGGAGACUCAAAAGCCACAGAUUCAAAUAUUAGAAUAUCUGAUGUCCCAAUUGCUGCAUUUGGUUCUCGUGCUCAUCUUGAGGAGAAGGCUUUGGCAACAAGAAAGUGGUACCGCAAUGUUCUGAUGAAGGGAUUUCAUCUUGUGGUUCUCUUAUCUGCUGGUCCUGGAAUCCGUGAUACACAGUGUGGUUUUAAGAUGUUUACCCGAGCUGCAGCAAGGAGUCUUUUUACAAACAUCCGGCUGAAAAGAUGGUGCUUUGAUGUCGAGGUGGUUUAUCUAUGCAAACGAUUUGGUAUCCCUAUGCUUGAAAUUUCUGUAAACUGGUCUGAAAUUCCUGGAUCCAAGGUGAAUCUAUUAAGCAUCCCCAACAUGCUUUGGGAGCUUGCAAUCAUGUCCAUGGGAUAUAGAACGGGAUUGUGGAGUGCUUGCAAAUGAAUAUUUAUAAUAGAGUUUAUUUACAGGAACUGUAGCACUCUUAUUGGCCUCUUUUGUUCUCAUGCAAUACUGGACAGAGGAAGACACCGAGGACUCCAUCCUUAUUGUAAAAGCACAUUUGACAGCGUAAUUAAGGAGAAAAAUUUAAACUCGUAGGACUUCAAAAGGCAAGCAGUAGCAGACCCUUUAGUUUCAUUUAUGCUAACAUUUUGAGUGGCCAUAUUUUUUUUUCUUCUAUGUUCAGUACAUUGAUCAUUGAAUUAAGAGCUUAGCUUCUUAUGUUAAGACACAUGUAGUUAAGUAAUACAGCUCGUUCAUAUGAGCCAGAGGUCAUGUUAACAUGGGUAUGUCCUAAAGUAAUUCACUACAUGAUGUCACUAUGUCCUAAACAAUCAACAUUUUCCUAAGGUACUAUGUUUUUUUUUUUGAAAA